GUCAAUUUUCGUGUUGUUGUCGCUUGCCAUAAAUUCCUUUGAAAUUUUGGUCUUUUGGAGCGAAAUCUUUGUGUGAAACUCUCGUCGUUUCGUCUCGACGAAGAGCCGAUACUUCGUGGUAUAUCUGUAGCGAGUUUGGCGGCUCGCCGGUGUAAAAUUAACGAGUUUCACGAGAUUAUUCGAGUCGAUAAGGCAAAUUCGUAUUAAAAAUAUGCAUAAAGCCUUGUAAUAUUUCGCGUGGUUAAAAUGGCUAAACUAUAGUGCUUACCGGAGGCAUGUUUUGGGCAUAUUGAAGAUCCAAAGAGCUUGUAUUGUCAAGAGGAUAUAAAAGGAAUUAUAUCGUGUUUCGUAGAUCGGGAAUUACAGCCAAAAAGAAGGGAAAAGUUCAGAGUGUAGUUCUGUAUUUUUAAGUCAUGGACGAACGGCACUCUCGCGUGAACACGCCGCUCGUUUUCAAUCACAAUCUGAUGUUGAAAGAGAUUCGCGAUAACUUAAAGCAUUUACGACGGGAGCCUGAAAAUGGAAGCGAAGUUAAUACGGCAAACGUGGUAACCCCAAUGCCGUACGAUCACAUUUCGCAUAGCACAUCGCAGAAUCAACGUUUACCCAACAAUCAACCGAGGUUUUUCACGCCAGGGAAUAAUUUUCCCGAGCCAAACAGAGGCCAUCGCGAAAGGAACGGGCAAGCGAGCAGAAACUACGACGAAUCUGGGUAUUCUAGUUCGAGUUCUGAAUGCUCUUCACAAAGCGCGAAUGAUUUCAAUGGCCAGCCAUUUGUUGGAGCUAUGCCGAGCUAUGAGGAUGCCUUACAUCACAGUCUACUUUCCCCGUCAGACUUCGACUUCGUUCGUGCGAUGGCCAACAACGAUGGGUACCAGAGGAUAAACCCUAACGCCACUCGAGGUCGCGAGGCGCCGAGUCCCAUCAACCACAUGCAAUUUCCCACCAAGUCCCCACCACCCUACAGAUUCCCCACCCACCAGAAGCACAACAGACCCGGUCCGGAUCGUCCGCCAGUUGCAAGCCACCUUACGAGGGAGGUGGAAACAUCCACCUACAUGCAGACGACCGCACUACCUUCUGGGAACAAGACAAUUUCACAGGCCGAAUGGAAAGUCACCAAAUGGCCGGAUGUGCCGAGCAGGGGCAAGUCUCCGGUACCAAAUAGCCGAUCGGGGAUACCCGAAGGCGGUGCUUCGUGGAAGUCGACACCAUAUUCGGUGACCCAAAACAAAUUGCCCCCGCCAGCAAAUGGUAACCAUGGCAAUUUUUCGACCGGUGGGUACCCUCCACAGCAACCCCCCCAGAUGGCCACGCCACAAUUCCAAGUUCAAGUGAACCUCAAUGCAGCGAACGGCCCCCAGGUCACUACUCCCCCUACGAGUUUAACACCCGUUGUGUCGAAAAGCCCCGGACAGUCAGCAACGUUUCGCGUGCUGGUGCAGACCAGCCCGGUCACCAUCGCCCAGGAUCCUCGUCCGAGCGGCUAUCCCGGCGUGCAGUCUGGGUAUCCAAGACCUGAGCCGGCGAUGGACUAUCACAACGGUCCAGUGGCCUCGCAACCAUCCUUGAUGAAUAAUACUUCAAGGAAUUUCCCCCAAAGGGCCGAGCAGUAUCCACCUCCCUAUCAAAAUAGUAGAUCCACAGCUCCGCCGCCCGAGAGCGGCCAGAGCUCAUUGAAAUCAAACAGCCGGGCAAAUCAGCUUGAGGGGUGGGUACACCAGAAUGUCCCGUCAAUCGAUGAUAUGUCUGUCAGCUCGGAUGGCUCAGAGAGUCACUCUUCCACUAUCGAAGACGCAGAUUUUCCUGGGUUCGACCUUGCUUCGAUGACGUCAUUCGACGGCACGGACGAAGAUAGCGGUCCGCCCGUGUACAAGAACAAAACCGGCACCCUCGUCGUGCACGUUCGGAAGCGGCCGGAAAUCGACGUCAGCAAUGCGGAGUCCGCCGUCAACGGCGAAAAGCGAAGUCAGCGGCGGCACGUGUCCCCACAGACGUACAAAUUUUACAUGGAACAGAGGAUGGAGAACGUCCUGAAGGAUGCGAAAGAGCGGGAAAUGCGGAAAGCUCAGCUCGAACAAGAAAUGCGACGAGUCCAUCUUUCGGAGGACGCGCAGUCGCAAAUGCGAAAAAUCUUGAGCCAAAAAGAAUCCAACUAUAUCCGUCUGAAACGCACCAAAAUGGACCCGUCCAUGUUUAACAAACUGCAAGUGAUUGGUGUCGGGGCAUUUGGCGAAGUUUGUUUGACGAAACACGUGCAAUCAGGAUCAUUAUACGCGAUGAAAAUAUUAAAAAAGGCGGAGGUAUUAAAACGGAAUCAGGUUGCCCACGUGAAGGCUGAACGCGAUAUUCUUGCAGAAGCAGACAACGAAUGGGUGGUGAAGUUGUUUUACUCGUUUCAAGACAAGGAUAAUCUGUACUUUGUCAUGGAGUAUGUUCCGGGCGGAGACCUUAUGAGCUUGUUGAUAAACAAGGGUGUAUUUCGCGAGGACAUGGCGAGAUUUUAUAUCGCGGAACUUGUGUUGGCUAUCGAGUCUGUUCAUCGUAUGGGGUUCAUCCACCGGGACAUUAAGCCCGAUAAUGUUCUGAUCGAUAGCGACGGUCACAUAAAACUGACCGAUUUUGGCCUCUGCACUGGAUUCCGUUGGACACACGAUUCCAAGUACUAUCAGAGCGGUACGCUUUCUCGAAAUCACAGCCGUAAUCCAAGUUUGGAGAUCGACGACAAUUGGGCGAAGGAACACAAAUGCCGCUGCGGGCAUGCCAUGGAUGGGAAGAAGCCGCUGGCCAGGCGGCACAUACGUCAGCACAUGCGCUGCCAAGCGCACUCGCUGGUCGGAACGCCAAACUACAUCGCGCCAGAAGUGCUGCUGCGGAUACCUUACACACACCUCUGCGAUUGGUGGUCGGUCGGAGUCAUAUUGUACGAAAUGUUGGUUGGGCGACCACCAUUUUACUCUCCUAAUGCCGCUGAAACCCAAAUGAAGGUUAUAAACUGGGAAACGACUUUGAAUAUCCCCAGACAGGCGAAACUCUCGUCCGAAGCUGAAGAUCUUAUUCUCCAUUUGUGUACAAGCGCUAAUCAAAGACUUGGCAACGGUGGCGUGGACGAUAUCAAGAACCAUUCAUUCUUCCACGGCAUCGACUGGCUCAUGAUCCGUCGAACGAAAGCGCAUUACAUUCCCCAGAUUCUCCAUCCUGAAGACACGUCGAACUUCGAUCCGGUCGGCCCCGAACGUCCGCCGGACAGCGAUUGCGCCAGCAUGACGGAGAUUUCCGACGAUGGCACAAAGUCCAAGCACCCAUCGCACGCGUUCUACGAGUUCACGUUCAGGCGCUUUUUCACUCAAGACCAGGCCCGCUCGUCUGUGUCAAACUACAGCUCCUGGGACGGGACGGAGAGUGACGAAAGCAAGGCUCCCGUGUUCGUGUAGAGGUAUUAAGGGACAACGAAGCAUACCUCGGGAUGUCGGGGAUUGUGCAAAAGGAACUAUAGGGUCAUUUAAGGAUCCGAUAGGCAGGUAUUCGCGAGCAAUGCUAUGAGAGCAUUAAAAAUCUGCUUUCUUUUAAAACAAGUCUAUCUAACGCAGUUGUUUAAUGUCCCUAUUUGUAAAAAGUCGCUAGAAAUUAACAAGACGCUUUUUCAAAUACUGUUUUAAAGCAGUCGUUUUUUUAUUUGGCUUUUCCUAGACGCGGCCAAAAAGGUCAAUUUCACACUGUUUAUAUAGCCUGCUUAUCAAUAGGACCUGCAUCCGAUCAACAAAAACGAAUUCCAAGAGACAAAAUACUUCUUUCUCGCGACUCAUUUCUCGUUCAAUUGUGUUGAAUCGGCUCAAAAAAUUUCAGGCUAACAAGCGGUUCUCAGUGUAGUUGCAGAUACUUAUUUAACGAGAUAUAUAAAAAACGUUCUCCCUGAAAAGAACUUGUAAAAUAUAUGCUGCAUUGUGAGCCAGUGGCGUCGCCUGCUUGAUAAGUGGGGGGGGGGACUUAUUAAUAUAUUCGUGUUUUAGACAUUAUUCAUUUCUUUCAAAUUGAUUGUCGUAACGGUCUGUGAACAUGAAUAUAUGAAUAUGUCCACCCCAUGCACUUAUCGAUGCUGGCGACGCCACGGUUGUGAGCUGUACAUUACCACCGUUUUCGGUAAAAAAUGUAUCCUUCGAUUUUCUAUAAAAGUUUUGCCAGUCAUUGACUGGUGAUGAUUAAAGAAGAAAUUGAGCGAGAAAUUUCGUUUGCUAAAAAAUUUCCACCCCGUGGAAAGGGCUCCUCUACCGGUAGUAGGUUUUAUAUGAGUUCAAAUCAGUGGUUCAAAAUAAUCAGGGGGGAUUGUUUGGCUUUGGAGGAAUGUUUGACAGCAUACGCUGAUACGAUAAGAAAGCUGGAUGGUUUAUGCUUAUCAUUUUUAAGACAGAAAACUUUUUAAGUCAUUUUUAACACUUCCAGAUAUGUCUGUCCUGGAUAUGUCUAUUCAGAGCCUUUUAGUUUUGAGUUUAAAUUACAAACGUUCUACAUAAAACUCGUGAAGUUCAGCAGUAAUAUGAGAAAGCAACAGGCCAUUCUGAUGUAUUUAGUAUAGCAGCAAAUUCAGCUUUGCCGUAUGUGUUUCACGUUCGUGGUAAAUACGUCACUGCUGAAAAUCACGAAUUUUAUUUGGAACGUUUGUAAUUUAGCGAAAUUAUUGCACACUUAACUCUGUGGAUUUAAAACAGAGAGUUUGCUAGCGGUUUUCCCUAGUACUAAGUUACAAAACAGCUCUAUUUUGAAGUUUCUGGUAUUAAAACCUUUUAAAACGUAUUACGAUUUUAAAAUUAGUUGGAAUAAAAAGUUUGGGUAACAACACUCGAUAAAAUCCAACCCUGAAAUUAAUUUGCCGGGCUGCCAUCAAACAUGGCCGUCUAUAGUUUAACCAUUUAUGAUUUAUUUAUUUCCAAAUUUGCAUAGGUAAUUGCAUACAUAGCCCUUGGCAAUAAAUAUCAUAACAAGCGAUCUUUAAGGAGCUAUUGACAGAUAAAAAUCUAAAAAUGUUCUAUACUUGUAAAAAAGGUGUUUUGUGUCUUUAAUCGAUGUCUUCGACGGCCAUCCAGCUUAGUUUGCAGAUCAGUGCUCCAAACUCACUCCCAGGCUGGCUGUAGAAUUUUUAAUGCUAAAUUAAUCAGAAUACACUUUACCUAUUGAGAUCUUGAGGCAUUGCGCGAGUAUGUGUACAUUACAGUCUUAGAUAGUAUAUAUAUGUACUUAUAUAUAAAUAUUGACUUAUCUUAAAUUGGAAUAU